AUGGUUUCCUUUAGUGUUGUAAUUGAAGUUACUCAUCAGUGUCUUGGUUAUACUGAAGUUUGCCAUCUUUCUGAAAUAUAUGCAGUUGACUGUUGCAAGGACACGAACCAUAUCACAGUUGCAAGAGAGAAUUCGAUAUUAUCAUCGGGUUUGAAGGAAAGAUGUUGCAUGGCCCUCUUGUUUCAAUUGUGUCCUGGUAGUGAUUUAGAGGGCACUGACAUCAAAGAAAUGCUCUUACUAUGCACUAGAAGGCGCAUUGAGAAGGCGCAGAUCUACUCGAUGCACGCUUCUGAUGGAUCGGUGCCUUCACCUCUUAUAGUUUGUUCACCACAUGAUAUGCCAAACACAAUUUUUGAUGGAAUCUGGAUGGUGUUGCACCUCGGCUUAGCGAUGAACAAGCAAGCUUGUGCUGAUAAAAGUCCUAUGUCAGCUGAUGGAGCACUUGCAGGUUCAAGUUUGUUUAAGAUCAUCGUGGAGUCACAUUUGAAGGUUGCUGUUGAUUCUGCAUUUGAGGAUAAUGAUGAUGCUGAAUACUUUCGUCACCCUCCACUUCGUGGCUCCUUCAUUUAUACUAAUGAAGUACUUCUUGGUGCACAAUGUGAUGAGCAAUUGGCCUUGUAUGCUCUGAUUGCACGCGUAGCUGCUGACACCACCAUACCCUUGAGCAAUUGUUUUGUGAGUGAUUUGCAUGGCUAA